CCGGCCCUGCCCGGAAGACUGUUAACUGCCGUCGUGGUGCGUUCCAUCCCGGGCGCUGGAGUCGGCGUGUAGUUUUUGGGCUCCCUCGUGGCGCGCGGGUUAGGCGGGUGUCCCGCGGAGCUCCAGGCCGCCGACGAGCACCGCGGGGUCCGGGCCACAGUGCUGGAAAGCAUCGUCAGGUUUGAGUCUCCAAGAAAGCUCUUGCUGCGUCCUUCUGGUUUUCCGGGAUGGACUUCCCCAGCUCCCUGCCCCCCACGCUGUUUAGGACCGGCCCCCUCGGUCUGAGUAACGGCCCCGACCUGUCAUCCACGUGCAGCUGGAGAGACGCGCUCGCCCUGCCUGAGCCCCUGGCCCAGAGCUACCAGAAGGGGGUGUCAUGUGUGGCCACAGCCCCGCUCUGGGAGCCAGAGACCCCAGGUCCCAUUCCCUUGCUGCCUCCUGGUCCCGAUCCCUGGGACCCUGGGGUGACCGCCCAGGACCUGCUUUUCCGGGGAGGGGUCUCUUUCCGAAGAAAGCCCCAGGCCGUGCUGGACGUCACGGAGCAGCUCAGUCGCUUCCUGUGGGACCACGGGGAUGUGGCCUUUGCGCCUCUGGGGAAGCUGAUGCUGGAGAACUUCAGACUCGAGGGAGCACGGAGCCUUUCUAAGACGAAGACAGUGGUCAGUGUCAAGAGCCUCCUCCAGGACCUCGGCGGACAUCAGCCCUGGGGGUGUCCCUGGGCUUCCCUCAGCUUCCGGCAGCGCCGCUUCUCCAUCCUUGGGGGGCCGGUCCUGGGCACGUCGGUGGCCGGCAUCCUGGGGGAGCUGCUGCACGAGGAGCUGGCCCUGCGGUGGGAGCAGCUUCUCCUGGACGAUGCGUUUACCGGGGGUGCGAUGGCCUGGGUGCCCGGAAGGGCACCCCGGGAGGGACAGCUGGUCUUCCCUGCGGGAGGCGCCCUAGACAAGCUGUGUUUCCAACAGGUCAUCGUGAGCCCCAGCGGUGACCCCCGGACCCUCGGGGACCCUGGCCACAUCUGGCUCCGUGGACCCGUCCGGCAGGUGGUGACGCGCACCGUGCAGGGGGAAUCCCUGCUGGCCGUCCGGUCUGACUACCACUGUGCCCUGUGGAAGGUCAGCAAGCAGGGGCGGCCCGUCCCCCUCCAGGUGCUGCAGGUCGGGAAGGGGGCCACAGGGAUCAGCCUCAGCCCGCACCUGCCCGGGGAGCUGGCCGUCUGCAGCCGGUCGGGCACCGUGUGCCUGUGGACCCCUCAGGACGGGCUGCAGCAGAUCUACAAGGACCCCGAGACCCUCGUGUUCCGGGACCCCUCUCCCUGGCGUUGGGCAGACUUCACGGCCCACCCCCGGGUGCUGACCGUGGGCGACCGCACGGGAGUGAAAAUCGUCGACACUCAGGGCCCCCCUGGCUGUGGCCUGCUGCUCUUCCGCGGGGGGGCAGAAGCAGCGUGUCAGAAGGGGGAGCGUGUCCUGCUGGCGCAGUGCCUGGGGGGGUGCGGCCCCGAGCCCCUGCACCCCACGCUCCACCUCAUCCUUACCCAGUUCUCGCUCUACUUGGUGGAUGAGCGCCUCCCCUUGGUGCCCCUGCUGAAGUGGGAGCACGAGCUCCCCUCCGCCCCCCUGUUCGCCCAGCUGCUGCCCCCGGCCCGGCCCGGCCACGCGCGGCCACUGCUGCUGGGGGCCCAGGGCGGGGACCUGCGGCUGCUGCAGCUCGCAGGAGCGGGGACCUCCGCACCCCGGCUGGCAGGGCCCCCCCAGUCUCUCCCCUCCAGCAGCGACUCCCUCUCUGCGUUCCCCCUGCUGGAGCCCAAGAGUCAGUGGCGGCUGCAGGAGCGUCUGAAAGCACCAACGAUAGGUCUGGUUGCCACCGUUCCGUCCUCCACCUCCACGCCAGCCCUGUUGCUCUUCCAGCUCUCCGCAGCUGGGGACGUCUUCCACCAGUGCCUCCGCCUCCAGGAGGACCCCGGGCCCGACUCCCGUGCCCCCACAGCUUCCUGGAGCCCCCAAGCCACUGCCCGCUGCGGCCACUGGCUGAAGGGCCUGCUGGAGGUGCCGUCGCCUCCCCCCGUCUGGACAGCACCCGCUUUCUCCCACCGCCGGGUGCUGGGCUGCGUGGAACAGCGGCAGGGCGAACAGAGAGGGCUGGAGGGCCUCCGAGCGGCCAUGGCCGAAGGGCGGCUCCUGCUGCGGAGGGACCUGGGCGCCGUGCCCUCCGCGGAGCCGCCACCCGCCCCAGAGCCCGGCCCUGAGGACGAGCUCCGCGCACGGUUGGAGGCCGCCUGGGAGGGCCGGGCGGCCGCCUGGUGGGAGAGGCAGCAGGGCGGCAGCUCGGGGCCCGGGAGACGGCCCAAGCGGCCCAAGCGCCGGACUCAGCUGUCCAGCACUUUCUCCUCCCUCAGUGGCCGCCUGGACCCGUCAGAUGCCACCAGCCCCCCUCCCAGCCCACGCCGGGCGUCCCCUGAGGCCGGGUCUCAAGCACCAGUGACCCCGCCCCCCCAGAAGUUGACCCAGGAGCCGUGGGCUCAGCGUGUCCCCUCGGAGCGGCGGCAGACGCUGCGGGACUAUAUGGCCAAGCUUCCGCUCCAAGCGGACACCCCAGGGGGCGUCUCCUCACCCCUCUCCCAGGCCUCCAGUGUCCAGGCCACCCCCUCCGGGCAGCAGGCCCUCCAGGAAGGCUCAGCCAAGCAGCCGAUCCGAAGGCACACCCUGGGAGGUGCCGCCGUGGCCUCUUCGCAGGCCUCUAGCGGCCGGGCCACCCCCUCAGGCUCCCAGCCGCCGCGGAAGAGGCCCCGCAUGGGCUUCUGAGGCCCCAGGAGGUGCCCCCCGCAACCCCUAUCCUGGGAGGCCGCCUUCAGGGACAGCUGCGCCCUCCGCGGCUGGAGGCUGGGAAGUGAGGAGAACCGUCUCCAGGGAGCAGACCUUUCUGCUUCCUGGAGGUCACGGGACUGCAGGAGAGACCCCCAAAAUGAUGGGGGCCAAGUGAGAGCAACGGGGACCACAGAGUAGUCUUUUCUCCUGCGUAUGCUGUGGCGUGAGGGUCAGUCCAAGCCACAUGCUGCCAAGGCCCUGGGGUCCCGGCCUGGGUGGGGGUUCCCUCCGGGGGACAGUGUUGUGCUUUAAAGCGGGAGCCCUGGCCAGGCCACGGGCUGUGCUGCACGGGAGCCAGGGCCUCCCGAGCCCCCACUGGCACCGGGGUCACGGCCGGUGCCCUGCCGAGCUCAGGGAGGCCGCAGGUGCUGGUGCUGGUUGGUGAGUGUUGAGCAGUUUCCACCGUGAUCUGACGGUUGCUGGGGGAGACCCUCGGCCCACGUGUAGGGAUUGAAUAAACUUGGCCGAACGUGG